AUGAAAGGGAGUGCAGGGGUGACCCACCCGCCCGACCCAACAAGUCGUGAGGGGUCAGACAAGCCGACACGAGAGGAGCUGAUUGCCCUGAAUGCAAAACUCAAAAAGGAGAUGGAGGCCAUGUCCAAGGAGCAGUCUCGGGAAGAGGCCACAGCUAGGAGAAACCAGAUGAUCAAGCUCGUGGCGCAACGCCCCCGGGUGGGCAACAAGAUAGUCUUUGGCACCGCUGGAGAGCGCCCCGAGGCAGCUCUGAGGGUGCUGCACAACCCCGCCACUGGCAAAAACACAACCAACCCUGAGGAGAUAAUAGGCAUAGUGACAGACUUCAUGUCCCAAAAGGUGGCUGCCCCGCGCGACAGCAAAACUGGGAAGUACCUGCCUGCAGAGGCACCGAGGAAAUACCCAUUUGAGGCGCCGAACCAAACUGAUGCGUUCAAACUCCUGGCCCCUGACCAAACGGGCCCUGGCCGUCGGCGCUGGCUGCACAAAAACGUCGCAGACGUGGCGGCCUACCACGCAUGCAUUCGCACGCUGGCGCGUGGCAAGGCCCCAGGGCCUGACGGCGUCGUCAACGAGGUGCUGCAGGCACUCCCGCAAGCGGGUCACGAAGCGCUGCACGCCUUGAUGCAGCUGAUGUGGGCUGCGGGGCACACGCCAGAUGCAUGGAAACGGAGCGAGACAGUGCUACUUCAUGGACCUUACAAACUAUAG